AUGCUAAUUAAGAUCCCUUGUCUUAACCUGAAAAUAAUGACUUGGAUGUAAAUAGAAAACUGGCGAUAGUUUAAAAUAUUCUUGCGUAGCACCAAGAUAUCAGUUACCAUUCUAGGGGAAAAAAGGAAGAAUUAAUUUUUUUGUAAUCAAGACGGAUCUAACAACGCAGUCUGGGCUCCGUGCCAAAGGCUGGUAUUUCACAGCAGCGACCGCCUUACAGAUGAGCUGUGGGAAGCAGGAGGGAGACUCUCUUAGGGUGCCACUACUAUGGAGACACAGCUGGGCUGAACAAGAUUUGCUUCAAACGACAACAAGAGAGACAGAAAGAGUCUGGUUCGACCGCUGCCCAAGCAGGCAGUAACCAGAAGAGCUAGCAGCCAAUCCGGCCAUGCUGCACUGUUCGAAACCAGCUCUACAUCCCAGCCAAUCAGUGACAUCACUGCAUCAGCCAAGCAAGCAGAUCUCAGCUACAUCUGAGGGAUAUGGGAAAACUCCAUCCUAGAAAAAGUGCAGCAAAUACUUUGGUCUUUAGGGAUUUUACACUGCGUAUCUGGAAAAACAAGUCACCGUUUAAACACUAAGUCUACAGCUUGAAUGAUCUGGAAGGUAACAUUUUCUGUAGAUGAAAACUUCUGCCUGCUGUGAUAUCCCACUCUUUGAGUGAUGCCACAUGCAGCACUGAGUAGUACUGGCAAACGGAAGAGAUUUCGUGGAAUAAGGUGUGCAGCUGCCAUUCUGUCUCAGCAGGACUGUGUUUGCCACUUCAUGAGCUGCAGAGCAAGAGGAGCCAACUUUAGGAGAAGGCAUAUUGUGAUACCCUCACUGAUUUCUUUUACAAUGCAUUCUGUUCAGGCCAGAAUUUGCUUAACUGUCCAGCUGAACGGCUUCCCGAAGAGCACUGAGUUUUCUAUGCCAGAUUCUGCUCCAGUGGCUAGGACCUUUAUGGCUGCUGUUUCUUUUGCUCUGGGAUCUGAUGGAGAGAAAAAAAAAAUAAAAAAAGCCACGGUGGAUCUUGUCCCUAAAGUAGAAAUUUUCUUUUUCGUUCUGCAAACAAGGCUAAAGAUCGGAGGAGAGUGAAUGCAAAAGUAAUUCAGGAUUGUGGUCGUGCCAUUAAAAGUGUUCGGCUUCAGAACAAAUUAUUCGGGAAAUCCGAGCAUUUCUUCUUACUGUAUCGACAGUAUUUGAAAGUUAUGUGUGCUUUGAGUAAUGUGGUUCAAGUGACAACAAUCUCUGCAUGUCAAUGUUUUCUGCAGCUUAUGGAGUGAAGUAUAGUUUUGCCAUUGGAAAGGAAGAAGCUUUUUGUAGCAGUCUGUAGAAGGAUUAAAUGUUGAACGUGGGGAAGAGGCAAAAAGUGAAUACACGCCCAAAGGUUAUCCUUGCAUCGUGAAUGGGUUUAAAGUACUCUGCAACCCAGGGCCCACCUGAACAGUAGGACUGAAAGUAUAAUGGGGAAAUAUUUCAAUUAGAACCCCCUUGACAAGCAUUUAAUCCUUCUUUCAGGCAUUAAGGAAAAUAUAAUAAAAUUGUUACUGUACAAAUCUGCUGGAAGCAGAUUUUAACCCGUUUAUAGAGGCUUCCCUCAGAUGCAUUAUAAUAAUAUGGCUGCUUGCAAGAUGUGGCAGUGAAGAUUUUUUUCCUGUGUUCUUUGUUUUUUCUUUUCAAAAGUUAAGGACUAUACUCUCAGAAAAGUCUGUUCGGUCAGCUGAUACAUUGUUUGAAUGUAUGUAUGUGUCUUGCCUGCUUAUUUGAUCUUUUCUGCCCCCUACUUGAAACUGUGGUUUGUUUAUCUGGGGGGAAGGAGGGGUUGUUGAUUUGAGGGGGAUGUUGUUUUUAGGGGUUUUUUGGGGGAGUGUUUUUGGUUUUUUUUUAACAAUAGCAGUGAAAGUUUUGCUGACAGCGAUUAUGACUACUAAGCAAUUCAGUUUAUUGGAAGACGAAUUCUACUGGACCAUAUCGGACUUUUCCUAGUCCCUGAGACCCUAACUUGUGAGGUUUUUUAGCAACAAUCACAAGUCAGGCUCUUGGGACCUAGGCGGAGGGGAACCAGCAGCUUUGGACUGUGAUUGUUUCUCUGCAGAAUUUAGAGAACCAAAGGAGCUUUCCUUGUCUCGAAGGGUAAAAAGGAAAAGAUACCUAUUUCAGAUGUUAAGCAACACAACUGUUCCUAAAAGAAAAAAGAAAAAAAAAAAUCUAAACAACUGUUAUCCAUUGUGCAACAUUAGGAAGUUACAUAUUUAUAUGUUUAGAAAACUGAACUAAAUGCCAUGUAACAUUUAGAAUUAAAAUUUAAUCUGAAUACCAGUUUGCACCUAAAAAAAAAAGGCACAAACAACAAAACCAACAAAACCCCCCUCUCAAAACUGAUACUAAAAUAUACAAAAGACUUUCAACCAUAAUAUUACUAUUACUAUUAUAGAAAAUUCUGAUAAUUACCACAAAGUAUAGAGUCAUCCUGACUGUUGCAGCAUUAACUUUUAAAACAUAAAACAAAAACACUGAUGUUUGAGGCCUAGAAAACAUUCAUUCUAUUGUUUGAAUAAUGAUUUCAGUCUACAGGAAAACUGUUGCUUAGCUUUUCCUGUAACAUGGGACAAAGAGUAUUUUGUAGUUAAUUGCCAUCUUUUUUCUUUGUCCAAGUGAAAACACAAUAUGUCAUUUAAAAUAUUCUCUCAUUUAAUUUACAUUUUAAUCUGAGAUGGAAUAUUGGUUUAAAAAUCGUACUACAACAUUAAAAUCACUUUGCACGCAGAAUCACUUUCUUGUACCUGUUCAACUUAAAGUGAGCCACCAGUACUCUAAGUACCAGACCCAACUUCUAGCUUCUCCAUCACUUUUUGCAUUUUUCACCCCUCUGACAAAAAGCAGUGUGAGCUUUAGAUUGUCCCUCAUGUGUUAAGUACUUCACUGACUUUGCAUAAGAAGAUUCACAAGCACACGAGGUAUUUCAUAAGCACACUGUUCAUUAAACUCAAACUUCCUAUCUACAACACAGAAUAUGAUUUGUAUUUCUUAAUAUUUUAUAGGUGGUUUAGUUCUGAGUAAUUUUUCUCUGUUUCCUGUGUCUAACCAAGAUGCUGCAAGACCUUGUUGAUACAUCAGACUUCACUGAAACAAAGACUUCACACAGAUCAGGCAUCUAAACUAUUUGUUCAUUUCAGAAGUGGUAUUUUGGCUGCAGUAUAUUUUUUCCACUUGCGUGGGAGGAAUUGUGUUUUAUUGUAAGCAUCAACACUAUUGUUAAAAUAAAUGGUUCUUAUCUGUUAGUAUAAUA